UUGUAGAGAUGGCAUCAACACGUUUAUCAUCUCUUUAUCCUCCAUGUUUGGGAUCAGAGUGUAAUAAUGAUGACAAACCAACAAGCCCUUUCAGAAGCAUGGAUGCCGAAAUCUAUCUUUAUAGAGAUAUAGAAUGUACAGAGAAAGAAAAGGGUAGAAUAUCUCAGCACACUCUGAAAGUGCAUGAAAAGAGCACCAUUUCCUCAAGAGCCAGGUCUCGAAAGGCUUUUAGAAAGCUGGAAGAAGCCAUUGAAAGAGAUACACAAGGAGAAAUAGAAAAAGAUAUUACUGCUCAGAAUUGGGCUCUUGCUUUUGCAAAAUGUUGUCAAAGUGAUAAGCAGUCUAUCACAGAUUAUAUUAGUGAACAAAAGGAGCUGUUUCUACUGGAGUAUGCAGUUAAAAUAAAACAACGCACUAUGUCAAAGCUGGAAAAAAUGGCAGCAAAGGAAGAAAGGAGAGCCAAAAUUGCUGAAACAAAACUAGAAGAAGAUACAAUUGCGUUUGAGGAGUUUCUCAAAGAAAAUGAUAGAAGUUCUGUAGAUGCCCUUAAAAUAGCAACUCAGGAAGCAAAAUCUAAAAUGGAAGUGACAUUAGAAGUGAGAUCAGCAAUGAAUGAGGUGUUCUCUCUUAAAAGUGAAAUUGCAAACACUGAAGAUCUUCUGCUACUGUAUUUAUCCUAUGAAGCAUUUCUGCUGAGUAUUUCUCCUGAAGAGUGGCAAGAACAACAGCAGGGAAAGAGGAAGAAAUGGAAAAAAGAGAAGAAAAGAGGCCUAUCGAAAUCUUUUAUUUCUAUUCCUGGCCACGAUAAAAACAAGUUACUGUCAACCUCUCUCAUGUUACACCAUAGAAUAACCAAAUGGGCACAUUUUAAAGAAAAAUCCCAUGGCAAGAAAACUGGGAAAUCAGCCUCAAUCAUUUUUUCUGACCAUGAGGAAAAGAAGAAAAGCCCACAGAACCAAGGAGGUGACUAUAGAUUUUUUAGAAAACCAUCAAAACUAGGACUGAGCCAUAGAUCAUCCUUGGAUGGGAGAAAAAAAUCAUCAAUAAGGUACAGUAGUGAAAGAAGUCUCUCUCUGCCUUCAGAGGAAGACUUUUCCUUGGAAGAUAUACAGAGUGAUGAGGAUCCAGAGAUAUAUUUCAAAGACCCAGGAGAAUUACUUCAGAUCCUCAGCCAUCUUGAGGAACAGAAUCUUUCGCUGUUUCAAAACAUUCAAGAAAUCAGUGGAACAUUAGAAGACAGACAGCAGAUAGAAAAUGCCGUUAAACAGCAAAUGGAACAAAAAAUACAGAGUGUACUAGAUGAAAAAGAAGCUCUUAUCGCUGCUUGCCUCAAAGAAGAGGAGAAAAGUGCAGAAGUGGCAUUAAAAGCCAAAGUGUUUUCUUCAGGAGAGUAUAAUCCAGCAUCAGCAGAUAAAAUGCUAAAUACACUUAAUAAAAAAAUAGCCGAAAUAUACAAAGUUUGCUGUGGAGCAGAUGAAGCAUCCAGCAUGACCUCAUUUUACAUGCUGAAAAAAAUAGAAAUCCGAGUUUCUGAACUAUGUGAGAUGAUGGAAGCACUUCCAAAAGGAUACCGUGAUGCUGUUGAAACGAUUGAAAAACUCAGGGCAAAAGAAAGGCGACGAAGAGUUCGUGAAGACAAAUUGAAAGAACUGAAAAGAAUCCAGGAAGAGCGGCUGAAGCUUGCUCUUGAGAGAGCAAUUGCAGCACCAAAGAAAAGGGAGGGAAGAAAAUUGGUGUAUCGCUCACAGCCUCCAGAGACUAGACGGAGAGAGGAAAAUGUCAUAGAUUUAACUACAAGAAGUGAAGAUGAUUACUAUUUUACUUGA